AGGGCGGGGCCACGCCGCGCAGCAGCAGCUUCAUCCCGGCGCGCGCGCACAGACGCCCGCUCGUCUCAGGCCGCAGCAUGGAGACCGCAGCCCGUCCGCUUUCACCGGGACCGCGGUUCCGGUUCGGGUGACGAGAGAGAGGAUGAUGAAGAAAGCGCGCACUUAGAGCGGCCAGCGGAAGCGAGCACGCGCCGCGGAGCCUCGCGCUCCGAUUGUUCGGACGCAGCAGACUGAAACAGCAGGCCGCGUGUACCCGGACCGAACCGAGCCGAACCGGACCCAGCAUGCCGCCCACCCCGCUGCUCGUACACGCGCUUCUGCUCUGCCUCAGCCAGAGCCUGACGGCGUUCCAGGUGUCGGUGAGCGAUGACGGUUUGAUCGCCGCCACUCUGGAGCCAUCCGACCUCCAGGACAACGUGACGGCGUACGCGGCGCAGGUCUCUGGAGAACCUCGGCUGGUCCUGGUUCCGUUCCUCAACACCAAGGAGGCUCUGCUGUUCAACGCCUCCUUCCACGGCCUGUGCUACACCGUGGGCCUGCUGCUCAAACUGGGUCAGAACUGGUCCCGCCCCGUGAAGAGCGUUCCCGUUCUCACCAAACCGCUGCCUGUACGCAGCGCUCACAUAUCGGACUACAAGGAGGCGCCAGAGACCGGCGUGGUGUUUGACAUAGACCCCCCCUCCAGGACCGUCUUCAGCAGAGUCAACAUCAGCUUCACGGAGGGGCAGGAGCGCCGCAGCAUGCUCUACAAAGAUUUCUACCGCGGGAAGACGGUGUUCAAGCACUGGUUGCCUGGAGUUUGUUACCGGAACAUCACCUUCCAGCUGAUCUCAGAGGCCACCGUCAACCGGACGGCGCUGGUGACCCACAGUGACAUCACGCACACGCCUCUGCACUACCGCACAGUGCCGUACCCCCCCCUCAACGUCUCUCAUAAGAUCCUCCACCUGAGCCAGAGGCCGCCUCGACUCCUCAAGGCCGAGGGGGGGCCGCGGUUGUCCCGUCAGGCGCGGGACGUCCCCCUGAUGGAGGAGGAGGAGCAGACGCAGCCUUACCAGGAGGACACCGCUGGGGGGGCGGCCACAGCGACCCCCCUCGCCUUCAACACUACAGGCGGCUCCAUGGGAGACGCGGUUGUAAACGGCAGCCAGGCGGAGGAGGCGGAGCCUCAAAGCUCUUGGCUGAACCAGACGGAACCCCCUCACGCGGAGGAAGACGAGGAGUUCGUGAACGCCGUGGUGUCGGACUACGAGGACUCAAACGAGCCCGGUUCAGGCAUGGUCGUCCCCGCAGAGCCCGCCGUUCUGCUCACCAGGCCCCCCCCCAUCCUGCUGGAGCUGCGCUGGCUGCCCCCCCGCCCGCCCACCAGCUACAAUGGCUUUGUGGUCUACGUCUACAGAGACGGAAACUCCACAGAAACGGCCAUCGUGGACGAGAACACUCACGAGUUCUUCACAGAGUUAUCUGAACCGGGAACGUAUCGGGCUCGGGUCAGCACGCUGAGCUCAUCCGGAGACUGCGAGGCCCGGGAGAGCGGCACCGAUGCCGGUGUGUCCUUUUACCUGGGUCCAGAUGGAGAGCUGCUGGAGGAGCUGCGCGAGCGUCCCCGGGGCGUCAGCGUCCGGCUGCUGGACUCCACCACCGCCACCGUGUCCUGGGCGCCGUCCGCAGAGCGGCACAACGGCAGCCUGGUGUCGGUGGUGUCCGCCACGUGCCUGAAGCCCAGCCUGAGCCAGAGGAUGGAGAACACCUACUGCAGCGAGGAGAACUCCACGAGUGACAUCAUCAGCAGCCUGACGCCCGGCGCGCAGUACCGCGUGGUCGUGUACCACACAAACGGACCUCUGAUCAGCCCGCCGUCAGAGCCCGUCAUCAUCGACAUCGAGCCCACCGGCGUGCGCGAGCUGGCCGUGUACCCUCUCAGCCCGACGGCGGUGAUCCUGAGCUGGCAGCGGCCGUACCACGUGGCCUUCCGGAAGUACGUGCUACAGACGUUUUUCUUCAACCCCGUCACUCUGGCGUCCGAGUGGACCACCUACUACGAGAUCGCCGCCACCGCCUCCGUCAUCGCCUCCGUGAGAGUCACCGACCUGCUGCCCGCCUGGUACUACAACUUCCGCGUUUCCAUGGUGACGUGGGGGGAGCCGCCGCUCAGCUGUUGCGAUAGCUCCACUGUCAGCUUCGUCACAGCUCCUGAGGCCCCCCACAUCUCCUCGGUGGAUUACGCCCACGGCGUUCUGUCCGUCCGCUGGACGUACGGCGAGCUCUUCAUCGACCUGUCCCACUCGCGGAUGCUGCACUGGCAGGUGGUGGCCGUGGGGAGGAAGGGGCCCGAGAGGAGCUACUCUGUGGAUGUGACCCGCAGCGUAAUGCGGGCCAGCCUCCCCCUCCCUCCAGGAGACAUCUACAACCUGACAGUGACGGCGUGCACGGAGCGCAGCAGGAACACGUCCACGCCCAACAUCAUCAAGCUGGAGCCGGCCCCCCCCAGGUCCCUGUACGCCGUCAACGCCACUCACUCUUCCGCCACGCUGCUGUGGAGCGAGGAGGGCGUGGUCGACUACUACCAGGUCCUCUGCAGACCCUGCAAAGCCAGCAAAGAGCUGAAGGCUCAUGAGCCCCUCACCUCCACCUCCCACGUGCUGACGGUGUCCGGUCUGAUGCCGUCAUCCACCUACAACUGCAGCGUGACCAGCUUCAGCUACAGCACGCCCAGCCGGCCCGCGCACGUGACCGUCACCACCGUCGAUAAAGAGAUGAACCCGAGCGUGGCCGCCAUCUCGGCGCUGGCCGUCCUGAGCGUGCUGCUCGUCAGCCUGCUGCUCCUCUUCCUCCUCGUUCUGCGCAAGAAGCACCUGCAGAUGAGCAGAGAAUGCGGCGCCGAGACCUUCGUCAACUUUCCCUCCUUUGAGAGAGAAGGGAAGCUCCCCUACAACUGGCGAAGAAGCCUCUUUGCCUUCCUUACCCUACUGCCAUCCUGCCUUUGGACUGACUAUCUUUUGGCUUUUUAUAUUAAUCCGUGGAGCAAAACCGCUUUGAAAAAACGCAAACUCACCAGCCCGGUGCAGUUGGACGACUUUGAGGCGUACUUUAAAGACAUGGGCAAAGACUCCGCCUACAAGUUCUCCCUGCAGUUUGAGGAGCUGAAGAGCGUCGGUCUGGACCUGAGCCACGACGCCGCGGACCUCCCGGUCAACAGGCCCAAGAACAGAUACACCAACAUCCUGCCCUACGACUUCAGUCGGGUGAAGCUGAUCUCGUUGCACAACGAUGAAGGUGCAGACUACAUCAAUGCCAACUACAUCCCCGGCUACAAACACUCCAGGGAGUACAUCGCCACCCAGGGGCCGCUGCCCGAGACGCGCGUCGACUUCUGGAAGAUGGUUCUGCAGCAGAAAGCGCCCAUCAUCGUCAUGCUGACUCAGUGCAACGAGCGGCGGCGGGUGAAGUGCGAUCACUACUGGCCCUUCACGGACGAGCCAGUGAUGUACGGCGAGAUCAGCGUGGAGAUGCUGUCCCAGAGCGAGUCCCAGGAGUGGAUCACCCGCAAGUUCAGGCUGGAAUACGCGGACGAGACGCAGGACGUCCUGCAUCUGAACUACACAUCGUGGCCGGAUCACGGCGUUCCCACCGUCAACGCCAUCGAGAGCAUCCUGCAGUUUGUCCACAUCGUCCGGCAGCAGGCCAACCGGACCAAAGACCCCAUCAUCGUCCACUGCAGCGCCGGGGUGGGCCGCACCGGGACCUUCAUCGCUCUGGACCGCCUCAUGCAGCACAUGAGGGAGCACGAGUUCGUGGACAUCCUGGGGAUGGUGUCUGAGAUGAGGUCCCACCGGCUGUCCAUGGUCCAGACGGAGGAGCAGUACGUCUUCAUCCAUCAGUGCGUCCUGCUCAUGUGGCAGAAGAAGAAGCAGCAGUCCAUCACCUCGGACGUCAUCUACGAGAACGCCAGCAAGACAUAGAGCGCCGUCUGUAGACGUUGUGGACACGUCUGUGCCGCCUCGCCGUCAGCAUCCACCUGUGAGAAAAAUCCACCGUCCAGAACUCCACACGCACUGACGUCCAGGCGUGACGUGGAGCUUUGCCUUAAGGAGCCUUCACUGACUGCCCCCCACGUCCCCCCACCAUCCCCCCCAGGGACAGGACCGAUCCACGCCGCCGUGGUCAUGUUUGCACAGUAGCCACCCUCGUUCAGACAAGGGGCGGAGUCACCAGGACAGACGCAGCUGGAUUCAUGUUCACUCUCAGGACUCACCGCCACUGAGCAUGCUGGGACGGAAGACGCAGAGUGCUGGAAGGGGCCGGGACGCUGCAGAACCUCAACUCCAAACCACGUCUGCAUCCAACCAUCAGGACGUUCUCCACCACCAAGGUUCUAGCAGGCAGAGCUAGAACCCACCACAACCUGCUGAUGGAUCCACGGAAGGUUCUCAACAUCCACGGGGUGAAUGUCUGCCGGCUAAAACGGAAGAGGAGAACCCAACACCUCCUGCUGCCGUCGGUUACCGUGCGAUGCAUUCAGGGCAACGUCAGAAGAUCAGUGAUUCGAAUGUAGACCAAGCCCAACAAACCAUCACGCUGCCCAUUGGUGGGGGGCGGAGCUUCAGCUCCACAGAGAACUCUCUGGGUCUGACGGUAGACCCAAAAACCUCCACCUCCCCCCACCAACGUCAGAACCGGACCGAGCCGUCCCAGAGGCCCCGAUAGCCCGACAUCACUCCGAUCCGUCCAGACCAUUAGUGAAUCCAAAACUCAUGCUAACACUAGCCUAUGCUAGCAAAGACGUUCUCUCCAAAUCUAACGUUCUGCAGGAACAAAUCUGGAUCGCUACAAACGUGUGACGGAACAGAUUUAUUUUGAGAAACCCAUUUCUGACAAAUACAUUUCAUCUGUUGAAAUGAAAACGAGUUGCGUGACGCUAGCGGGAGCAAACUCGGCGUAACUAUUCAACCAAUCGAGUCUUUUCCUCACCUGAGGCUCCCAGGUAGAUCGUUUUUCAGCAUAGUUCUAGUAGUAAAUUGGAAAGGUUUCCAUGUUCUAGCAUCAGUGCUACAUUUCACAGAUUCACGUUGAUUUUUUCAGAACACGAGUUGAAAAUCCUGCAGGUUUGGAGAAAAUGUCUGCGGAUGGAGGAUGGUGAGUCCUGCAGACUCCGCCUCCUUCCAUCAGGAAACGUUUCCACCUUCAGGGUGGAGCGUGGAGCCAACAUCUCUGCUGUGAAAUAUCUGUUUCGUGUCGGAGAGUUUAGGAAACAUCUGGGCGCAGAUCAGCUGCUUACAGCUAGAAUGAGGCAGUCAUUAAUCUGCCCCUGCUGGAAGGAGGUGGAAGUGCAGCUACGUUUCUGCCUCCUUUGGGCUUUUUCUAAAUAAAUGCAUCUAAGAUGCAAAACUUUUCUUUUGAAAGUAUGUUCAAAGAUUUGGGAGAAUUUCGGCCUCUUCACCACUCCUGGUUGUUUUGGCGCCGCCCUGUGUCAGUCUGACCGUGGUCUGUUUGGGUUCUCCAAGUUGUUUUCGGUCCGGUUUGGAUCGGCUGUUUGCCUCAAAGGUUUCUCUGAUCAAAUGUACAUAGGACUUUUCUGCUGGUGGAGAUGUUGCUUCAGCUGUAAAUGUGACGAAACCCAAACGGGAAACUCCACGCUCUGGAGCCACAGCGGCUCUGCCGCCGCCGGACUCCCCGCCAUGAACUCACGUUGAUGUGUCGGUUGAACUUGUCAUUGGUGCCAUUCUCGUGCGUUGUGUCACUCGGUUCGCAGCGUGAUCUCCGGAUCGCCUCGCUCCGUUUUAAUGUGUGUGUUGAACAAAAUAAACAGUUGCAGCUGAA